AUGGCACAAAGGUACGAUGACCUGGUGCAUUACCCUGCCAUGGAUGGAGUCGCUUUGCCUGGGUUCGGGGACCCUCACACGGCUCGGAGUUUGCAGCAUCACUCGCUGAGCCAGAGCUCGCCGUAUGGAUCGGCCGGGGUGACCCACCGGGCAGGCAUGCCCCCGGGGCUGGGGAAUACGGACGCCUUGAAGAGGGAGAAGGAUGAGAUCUAUGGGCAUCCCUUGUUCCCCUUGCUGGCCCUGGUCUUUGAGAAGUGUGAGCUGGCGACCUGCUCCCCCAGGGAUACCUCGGGCUCUUACCCCGGUGGGGACGUCUGCUCCUCCGAUUCCUUCAACGAGGACAUAGCCGUCUUCGCCAAACAGAUUAGGACAGAAAAACCUUUAUUUUCUUCCAAUCCUGAGCUGGAUAAUUUGAUGAUUCAGUCCAUCCAGGUGCUACGAUUCCAUCUCUUGGAAUUAGAAAAGGUACACGACCUGUGCGACAAUUUCUGCCACCGCUACAUCACUUGCCUGAAGGGGAAGAUGCCCAUCGACCUGGUAAUCGACGACCGGGAUGGGGGUUCCAAAUCCGACCUGGAGGACUUCACGGGGUCCUGCGCCAGCCUCUCCGACCAGAAUAACUCCUGGAUCCGAGACCACGACGAGACGGGCUCCACGCACUCGGGCACACCGGGCCCCUCCAGCGGGGGCAUCGCCUCGCAGAGCGGGGACAACUCCAGCGAGCCAGGGGACUGCCUGGAUAACAGCGUGGCCUCCCCCAGCACCGGGGACGACGACGACCUGGACCGGGACAAAAAACGCAACAAGAAACGGGGGAUCUUCCCCAAAGUAGCCACCAACAUCAUGCGGGCCUGGCUGUUCCAGCACCUGUCGCACCCGUACCCCUCGGAGGAGCAGAAGAAGCAGCUGGCGCAGGACACGGGACUCACCAUCCUGCAGGUCAAUAACUGGUUUAUUAACGCCCGGAGGCGCAUCGUCCAGCCGAUGAUCGACCAGUCCAACCGCACAGGUGAGGUCCAGCUGGCAGGACUGGGUCAGGGGCCGCCCUACAGCCCCGACGCCCAGCCCAUGGGCGGGUACGUCAUGGACGGGCAGCAGCACAUGGCCAUCCGGCCCCCAGGUCCGAUGGGCAGCAUGGGCAUUGCCAUGGGAAUGGAGGGCCAGUGGCACUACAUGUGA